AAUCACAAUCGAUCUCAAAAUAGCGGACAGCGGCGAAACAUCUUCAACCCGCACGAUCAACCUGCAGGAGCCAAGGUGGCGCACCAUGAAGCAUUCGAAGCGCUACCUGGUCGGCAUAUCGGCCCUGCUCGUACUGGUCGUUGGCGGUGGUGUGGCACUUGGCAGGGCACUGAACAAAGAUGACGAGCUCAUGGAGGACACGACACCGAAGACGAUGGAUGUCAUACUGACCGAGAUACGGAGCCUGAUGCAGGACUACUCGAUCGAGGCGUACAUCAUACCGUCGGUCGACGCACAUAAUAGCGAGUACAUCUCGCUGCACGACCGCCGGUACCAGUACGUGACGAACUUUACCGGAUCGGCCGGCACGGCCAUCAUUAUGCUGAGCAAGGCCGCCUUCUGGACCGACUCACGCUACCAUCUGCAGGCGGAGAAUGAGAUCGAUCCGAGCUACUGGACGCUGAUGCGGGAAGGCCUAACCGGUGUGCCGACGCGCGACGAAUGGCUGCUGAGCAAUCUGUCGCCGGGCGCGCAGGUCGGCACGGACCCGUUCUUGAUCGCCUCGACCGAGUACGAGCGGUUGGGCAGUGUCCUCGCACAGCACGGAUAUCGACUAAUAACACUCGAGCGCAAUCUGGUGGACAUCGUGUGGAACAACCGACCACCGCAAACGGCGGAAGAUCUGCGCCCGCUAGCGCUCACCUACACGGGACAGCGUGCGUCCGAGAAGGUGCAGGCACUGCGCGUCAUCCUGCAGGAGAACAGUGCGAACGCGAUCGUUGUCAGUGCGCUGGAUGAGAUUGCUUGGUUGCUGAAUCUGCGCGGGUCGGACAUUCGCUACAAUCCCGUGUUCUUCGCAUACCUUAUCGUGUCACACGGUAACGUGCAUCUAUUUACCAACCCGGAUCGCAUUAACGACACGAUACGGGCACACUUCACGGCGGAAGGAAUCGUAGUGGAUGUGCGAGAUUAUCGGGAUAUAUUGGCCGGCGUGGAGGAGUACGUACGUGGCGGUAACCGGAUCAUGGUGUCGACGGCCUGCAGCCAGGCAUUGUACGCUGCCAUCCCAACGGACCAGCGCAUCCAACAGUACAGCGUGGUGGCGAAGAUGAAGGCCGUCAAGAAUGCGGUCGAAGCGGCCGGUAUGCGCCGAGCCCACAUCCGCGACGGUGCAGCAGUGAUACGCUAUCUGAAUUGGCUGGAGCAAACGGUGGACGGUGGUAACGUUACCGAGCUGUCCGGCGCAGCCAAGCUGCACCAGUUCCGCAGCGAACAGGACAUGUUCGUCGAUCUGAGCUUCACGGCCAUCAGCGCUUUCGGUCCGAACGGUGCGAUCGUCCACUACAGCCCGAACGAAGAGACCGACCUGCCGAUAACGCGGGACGGUAUCUAUCUGAUUGACUCUGGCGGCCAGUAUCUCGACGGUACGACGGACGUAACGCGCUCGGUACACCUCGGUGAACCGACCGACUUUCAGCGCGAAUGCUUCACGCGCGUACUCAAGGGUUUCCUCAGCCUCGGCUCGGCCGUCUUUCCCGUGCGCGCGUCCGGCACCGUGUUCGAUGUGCUCGCGCGCAAAGCACUGUGGGACGUCGGGCUUGACUAUGGUCACGGUACCGGGCACGGCAUCGGUUCGUUUCUCGGCGUGCACGAGUAUCCGCCAUCGUUCGUCUCCAACAGUGCAUCGCCGAGCAAUCAGGGCGUGGUGGAGAACAUGUUCUCGUCCAACGAGCCCGGCUACUACCAAGCCGGCCAGUUCGGUGUACGCAUCGAGGAUAUUGUGCAGGUGGUGAAAGCGACCGUACCGUACGACUUUAACGGACGCGGUGCCCUCACCUUCUACACCAACACGCUCGUGCCGAUCCAGCAGAAACUGAUCGAUCUGAAGCUGAUGUCCGCGACCGAAAUUGCCCAGCUAAAUGCGUAUCAUCGGCGGGUAAUGGACGAGGUAGGGCCGCUGCUGCUGCAGCAAGACGACUCGGAUGCCUUCCAGUGGCUUACCGACGCCACCAAAGAAAUAGUCGUCAGCUGA